GUACUAGCUAGAGAGCGUCAGCGACUGCGGGGUAUUCCAUUUUCGCGUGCUCCGCCUCUCUUUUUCUUUCGUUGAAAAGCUUGACGCAUAGAGAGGACGGACGCGCCGUCGUGACCAGAGAAAAAAAACUAUUUGGUUAUUUAGUUUUACGAUUUUGGAACAUUUCGCGAUAGUAACUGUUGCUGGCCGUAACAGGUGCCCUUGCCCGGGAGAAAAGAGCAUGGAGAAUAAGACCCUCACCGACAAUCUAAUCAGGACGAAUCAAACGAUUGUAUGCAGCGGAUUGUUCAAUGGGCCACGGCUAACACCAACCGGCAAAAUAAGCCACGCCAAGACUCGAGUUUACACCCAACGUUAUCGCAAAGAAUGGGAACAGAUGCCAGAUUUCCGAGGAUGGUUGACAUCGGUUCCCAAUCAAGCGACCCGAGCUUACUGUACAUAUUGCAAAAAAAAUCUUCAUGCUCAUCGUUUAUCCUUGUUGAAACAUACGUGCACCAUGAAGCAUCAGAGAGCUGCGCUCAUGCAACGAAAUGAGAUGAACGCACAACAACGUACGCUGAAAAGUGCCAAAAUCGAACCUGGCUACGAGGAAUCUGUCGAACCAGAGCACGUAAUACCGAAAGAACACGAUGGCGAGUGCGAGGAGGACACCGAGGAUUUCGAGUACGUUGUCGAGACCCUGGAAAUGGAGGACGACGAAUUGAACGACUCUCGAUGCAAAGAGCAAGAUUGUCCCCCUGAAAAUAUGGAGGAUUACGAUGAGGAAGCCUCAAUCAACAUUUGUGCCUCAAAUGAAGAGUAUAAUUCUCAGACAGAUCAAAAGAUCAAGAUUGAAGCACAGGAUGAUUGCUGCUGCGAUCCAUUGGCAGAGGCAAUGGCGCACGUUCAUGGCGAAUACAUGGUCGGCACGGAAGAGCAAGCCAACGUCGAUGAGAUGGAAAUGGUGGUCGGACAAGAAGAAACUAGUGCCGAUGUCGAAAACGAUACUUCCAUGAAUUCGAUCGAGGACGACGGAGAAGGGGACGUCGACGGUGACGGCGACGAAUCCCAAAACAAUGACAACGAGGAGGAGCUCAAACGAUCGGAGGGUGACUCCAGCGAAGCGGCCAGUGAGUCCGAAAUUUCUUCAGCUCAUCAAUUCGAGGAAUUGGGUAAAAAUUUAAAAAAUUUGCAACGAGUUUUCAACUCGUCGAAACUGAGCAUCCCGAGCAGUCACUCCUCCUUCGGAACUCCAGUGUCGAUCCCGUCCGGACAAACAAAAACGAUUAAACUCAAUUCAGGAAAAACUGUGACUCUUAAAGCUGGAACGCAGUAUGUACUGAGCAAUCUCAAAAGUAACAACGUAACGAGCCUUUUAAUGACUGAUCGGAAGCCCGCUGUUCAGAGCGACGGUUCUACGAAAUCCGGACCAUCACCAAAGCCAAACAGCAAAACGACCAAAAUCAAUCCCUACGCGUUGGUCGCUGGGGCCGCCGGUACGAGCAAGCAAUCUUCCAGCCGGGAAUGUACGAAGGCCGGAGGAACGAAGAAACCGUGUAUCUCGACUCACGUGUUGGAUACGAGCAAAGGACUUCCGAUCGGAGGUUUACAAGUCAGUCUCUACAAGCUCAUGGACGGUAGAUGGACUUUUAUCAAUGAGAGCAACACUUCACUGAACGGCAGAUGCAACGAUCUCGUGGACAACAGCAAAUCGAACUUCACCGCAGGUCGUUACAAGAUACACUUCGACGUCGACAAGUAUUUCACCCUCAGACGAAUAGAAACGAUGUAUCCCUUCAUCGAAAUAGUUUUCGACGUUAAAAAUCCAACAGGAAACUAUCACAUACCCGUUUUACUCAGUCCGUUCGGAUACACGACUUAUCGGGGCUCGGACAGAUAAAUUUCUUCGAGUAGGAACCAUUUGAGAGGCCUUGAUAACGAACAAAUGAUUGGGCGAUAUAUUUUUUUCUGAUAAUACGUUUCACGUUAACUGCUGUUGGAUUUAAUCGAGAAGCUUGUUCCGGGUUCGAUGGAUAAUCGAAAAAACUUACAAAAACCCUUUUAUGGCAAAAUUCUCGUUUUAGUUGUUACAAAUGUGUACAUUGUGCGAAAGUGUAUAUAAAAUGGAGAAUCAAUAAAGGGAAAAGCAGCGAAAAAUGAUAGAACGGAUGUAUUUUUGCGAGAGACCAAUUCUUGUACAAAAACGCUUGAAAUAAAUGAUCAGUUGUGCAAUCA